CAUGCAAGGAUCUACAUGGUGAAUGACAUUUAGGCCUAAACCGGAUGUUUUUGUUGCAAUUUGACGUUGCAAUACAAUAGCUGAUUAACUGAAAGCUCAGGAGCUUUACAUGUACACAUCUUGAUGAAGUUGCUUCGAAUUAUACGCAACACUUUGGCUUUGAUUGUCCCCGGCGGAAGACCCAGUCCACUCGCGUCACUGCAGCCAGCGCCAGCGGGGAGGUCUCUUCUUGACAAGAUGGGGAGGGCUUACGUAAGGUGCGUGGAAGGAGAAGAGCAUAUGAACAUAUCCUUUUCAUACAGAAACAAACAGAGCAGUUUAAAUCGCCCAAUGAAUGAAGCUUUAGAAAAAUCUCUCACACGCAUCCAGAGUACUCUAAAGAAACAUUUGGAUAAAGAAAUGAAGAAAAGGAAGAAAAUGAAAUUGGAUGACUCUGCUUCUAAUUCUGUUUUGAUGAUGAAUGCAGAUGAGUUGGAUAUAUCUCUAGUGUCUAAUGAAAAUGAUCCCAUUGAUGUUGAUGUUCUGAAUGAAAGUGCAUGGAGAGAUGGAGCAGUGCUCACUGUUGGUGACAUUCAGUACGAGGUAUGCAGAAAUUUUCCAACCAUUCAACGACUUCAUCUGCCAUCGUUUGUAUUAGUCGGUUGUCCUGUGUUUCCACGCAUUACGUCAGAGUUUACCAAAGGAGAACAGUGUAGUUAUACUUGGUUUCGCGAAGUUAACAAACAAGUUGGUGAUAAAGAUAUGAAUGGCGCUACAGAUAAUGGAGAUUAUCCUAACUGGAUAAAGGUAGGACAGCAGAAGACGUACACUCCAACUUCACUUGAUGUUGGGUCAAAGUUGAAAAUAAUAUGCACUCCGAAGAAUGGUGAGAAAGUUGGAGAAGAAAAAGAGUGUGUCACCAUGAGAGCAGUCAAGUGUGGACCAGAAGUGUACCCAUUUCAGAAGCGUCAUGAGUUCACUAAGGAUAAGACUUCACCAGAUUGUCUACGGAUCUUUUCUUACAACAUUCUUGCUGAUAUGUAUGCUGAUUCAGACUUCUCACGUGACUACCUCUACCCCUACUGCUCAACCAUAGCGCUUGAUAUUGACUACAGAGAACAGCUUCUACUAAAGGAAUUAUCAGGUUACAAUGCAGACAUUCUUUGUCUUCAGGAGUGUGGCAAGAAGUUAUUUCAGUACAGCUUGGAGCCCGCCCUCAAUGACCAGGGAUAUAAAGGCUUGCUUAUCUGUAAGACAAGACAGACACCAGAAGGAGAGGCACUUUUCUACAAGGAAGAUAGAUUUAGGUUGAUUGAUCAGCAUGACAUCUCACUAGCUGAAGCUUUCCAGGAGGAACCAUCGAACAAAGACCUGGUAGAAGCUGUCUCAAAAUCAAAGGCUAUGCUAAAUCAAGUUAUCACAAGAAGCAGUGUAUUGCAGGUUACUGUAUUGGAAGAUAUUCAUUAUCCUAGACGAAGGAUAUGUGUAGCCAACACCCAUCUGUAUUUCCACCCUCGGGCGGGUCAUAUACGAUUGAUACAGACCAUUACCAUCUUGAGACAUCUCCAUAAGAUUCAACAACAGCACUUGGAGAAGAAUCCAGACAUUGAAUUGGCAAUGGUAUUCUGUGGUGAUUUGAACAGUUCCCCUACAUGCCCCGGUGUGUAUGAGCUCAUCUCCAAGAAACAUAUACCAGAGAACCACGUUCAGUGGUAUUGUGGAGGUAAAGAAGAGUUCUGUGGUGGAAUGACCCUGACGCACUCUCUUGAUUUCACCAAUGCCUGUACCAGUCAGGAGUACACCAACUUUGUAGCAGGGUUUGUGGCUUCUCUUGACUAUGUACUCAUCGAUAGUAAGCACCUGGAAGUCGUCAGGGAAAUCCCCAUGCCUGAUCAUGACGAUAUCACAGCACACGUUGCUCUACCGAACGACGUCUUUCCCUCGGAUCAUCUCGCGAUAGGCUGUGACGUCAGGUGGAAGAAUUCUUGAUGGUUGUCAAAGUUUACCGUUUGAAGCCGUAAGAAGAUUGGGUCUUUGCUAAUGGAUUGAACUCAAUCCCAUACUGCAGUAAAUUAUUACAUGCAUCACAAGUAGGCAUAAGGUUUUGUUGAAUAAAAAUACUUGCCUUUGCAGAUAUCUUCAGAAACUAUGAUCAUAUUAACCAAUUAGUUACUAUUUGAAUUCAACUAGUUAGAUUCAUGAUGUCUAUGACUGUUCAUAAAAGAUUCCUGGAGACCCUGAGUAAGGUUCUUAAAUGUUAAGCUGGAGCCUGGACUAAUCAGUUUUUGGUCCACUCUA